AUGGCGGUUCCGUCGGGUGUGCACCGUUGUUUUUUCCGUGGGCAGUCGGUAUCCCUUGAAAAACUUUUGAGCAUCUUCGCCUCUGAAGUUUGUGAACAAGUCGUGUUUAUUGGUGAAAAUCACGAGCACUCGGUCGCGCAGCAGCUUGAACUUCGUAUUCUGGAAGCUCUGUGGCUAAGUAGUCAACGACAGAAUCGACAACUUUUGCUCUCUUUGGAGUUCCUAGAUCGAUCCCAACAACAUGUACUCAACGAGGCGAUGCUUCGUGACGAGAUAGAGAGCGUGGUUCCCGAACCGUACGUGCCGUUGGUGCGUUUCGCCCGCACCAAUAACCUUGCUGUACUCGCCGCGAACGCCCCUCGCAGUAUCACAAGCCGAGUGGCAAAACAAGGCCAGCAAGCGGUUAUGGAGACGCUCUCACCGAAGGAACGUGCGUGGUGCGCACCGACGCCCUGGCCUGCACCCAGUAACGCCUACAGCGAAGCCUUUCAGGCCAUCAUGCAGCAGGUAAUGCGACCGGAUCCGAGCUCUGCACAAGCUCAACAGGAGCGCAUGCAGAGAAUGCUCCAAGCGCAAUCUCUCUGGGACGCAACAAUGGCUUUCAGUAUCGCGGAAGCUUUAGAACGCUAUCCAAAGGCUCAGGUACUCCACGUUACUGGGUUUUUCCAUGUCGCGAACCGACUGGGGACAGUUGAGAUGCUUGCACAUUAUCGGAAUACAGUGAAUGCGCUCGUUUCCAUCGUCUACCCGGAAGAAUUGCAGCAUUCGACAAGUGCUCUUGAUGGAGACGUUGUGAUCUAUGCCCCUUGA